GUUUGCGAUCCGACAGAGAGCCGAGAGAAGCCGAAGAAGAAGAACAACAAGAAAGAACACUAGCCAUCAUUUUAUGUGAAUGACACAGAAGAGAGGGUUACACAAGUUGUUUCGUAGUCUAAGAGCAUCUAGAGGGACUCCCUUAUGGAUUCACCAAGGCAAUCUAAGAAGCCUAACGUCGGCCGAGAGCCAAAGCGUGGCCAGAAUCAGUCAGGCAUUCCUCCUCAGAAAGACGCCUAUGCCCGGCUUCUAAGCCAGCACCGCAGCCCCAGGUUCAAUCAGUAUCUGGAACAAUAUGCAAAGGACUUGUCAUGUCCAAAGGAAGAAAAUGGGCCAAGCCCCCCACUCAGAGCACAGAGUGAAAAGAUGAAUAUACCGCAGCAAAAAUGGGACCACGCGUCCAAUGAUUUCUCUGACUCAAAGGACUUCUCCCCGUCUUAUAUGAAAAGUAAAGGAGAGGAGAGCUCGCUGUCUUUGUACAUGGAGAAGCUAAGCCUUCGUAACGCACAGCAGGAUUAUGAAAGGAAGCAGGGUGUGUCUGACAAGCAGCGGCGGGGACAGAGAAGGGACACCACCACGAGCCAUGAUGGAGACAUCGAGUCUGGCGAGGAGCUCGGUUCUUUCAAACCUAAUGAAACAAAGAAACACCAAAAGCAGCAGAAGAAGAAGAAGGACUGUAACAGAAAUGUGGCCUCCAAAGACGCCGACUCAUUCGUCGGACGUCCCCAGUCCCCGCAGAAGGCCAGUGCAAGUGAGCAGGAGCAUGACAAAAUAAAGAAGUCGAAGAAGAAAAACUCGCCAAAGCACCCAGAAGAGGGGACGGUCAAGUCUGGGGUUGAUGCUCAGGUGUUGAGGCCCAAAUCCCCCAAAGACAAAAAGCUGCAGCAGCCCCAAGCUUCAAGUUCUCCUGCUGACAAGCGUAAGAACAAAGGAGGAAGAGGAUCUAAGCAACAAAUGUUUGAAUCCUACCUGAGCUUUGAGGAGGUUUCCCAAGGCCUCAAAAGAGGAGAACUUAUUCAGGGGCAAUUAAGAAUCAACCCUAAGAAGUACUAUGAGGCUUUUAUUCCAUCUCCUGAUGACAAGCGGGAUAUAUUUCUGGAUGGGAUUGUGGCUCGCAACAGAGCCUUGAAUGGAGACGUAGUGGUGGUGCAAGUCCUCCCUCAGGAGCAGUGGAAGGUUGUGAGGUCUGAUACUGACUGUGAUGGUGCCAGUGAGUCCGAGUCCCAGAGAGAAAACGCUCAGAGGAAGUCAGAGCGCGUCCGCAGGCCUGAUGUUGUCGUGGAGGACCAAUGCACCGACCGUGAUGAAGUCAACAGCAAACGUCAGAAUAUCACUGACACAGGGGAACCUCUGGAAGACCCCUCAGCCCCAAGGUCCAAUGGGGAAAUCCUCCAAAAGACAGCUAAAGUGGUGUACAUUGUCGAGAAGAAACACUCGCGAGCUGCGACUGGUUUCCUGAAGUUCCUCCCAGACAAGCCCUUCGCCAUGUUUUCCCCCGUAGAUCACCGGGUGCCGCGGAUCAACGUUCCCCUUGCCGACUGUCCCCAGGACUUCUGUUCCCGCCCCGGUGACUACGCCAACACCUUGUUCAUCUGUCGGAUCACAAACUGGCCAGCUGAAAGCACCUUUGCUGAAGGGCACCUUGCUAAAACGUUGGGUCAAGCUGGAGAAAUUGAGCCAGAGACAGAGGGCAUCCUGAUAGAGUACGACGUUGAUUUUUCCGAGUUCUCAGAUGAGGUGCUGGACUGCCUCCCUAAAAAUCUCCCCUGGACCAUCCCACCUGAGGAGCUGAGAGAGAGAAAAGACCUGAGGAAGGAGUGUAUCUUCACAAUUGACCCUGCAACUGCCCGAGAUCUGGAUGAUGCCUUGUCCUGUAAACAGCUUCCAGACGGCAACUUUGAGGUUGGAGUUCACAUUGCUGAUGUGAGUUAUUUUGUGGAGGAGGGCAAUGCUCUGGAUCACAUUGCCAGUCAAAGAGCAACUAGUGUUUACAUGGUUCAAAAGGUGAUCCCCAUGUUGCCCAGGCUGCUCUGUGAGGAGCUGUGCAGUCUGAACCCUCUUACGGACAGACUCACUUUCUCCGUUAUUUGGAAAAUUACACCCGAGGGAAAAAUCCUCAGUGAGUGGUUUGGCCGCUCAAUCAUCUGCUCCUGUGUGAAGCUGAGUUACGACCAUGCUCAGAGCAUGAUUGAGGCCCCUGAGAAGUUAUUCUCUGCUGAAGAGCUGCCACCUGUGGACGCCCUGCACCCAAUUGAUGAGAUCCACCAAGCUGUGCUCAACCUGCACUCCAUUGCAAAGAACCUCAGAGCUCAACGCUUCACAGGAGGAGCACUCAGACUAGACCAGAUGAAACUUUCCUUCACACUGGACAAAGAGACAAUGAUGCCCCAAGGCUGCUACGUCUACCAGUACAGAGACAGUAACAAAUUGGUGGAGGAGUUCAUGCUGCUGGCGAACAUUGCGACAGCCAACCACAUUUACCGCAAAUUCCCAGAGUUGGCCCUUCUCAGGCGACACCCUCCCCCAAAAGCCAAGCUGGUGGAUGAGCUGCAGGAGCUGUGUGACCAGCUGGGGAUUGACAUUGACCUGUCGUCUGCAGGAGCAUUACAUAAGAGUCUCAAUACCAUCCUCGGGAAUGAUGAGUAUUCCAAGGCCAGGAAAGAAGUCCUCACUCACAUGUGCUCCAGACCAAUGCAGAUGGCGAUGUACUUUUGUACUGGUGUAAUGAAGGAGGAACAGUUUUUUAAGCACUACGCCCUCAACGUUCCUCUCUACACACACUUCACAUCACCCAUCAGACGCUAUGCUGACAUCAUUGUGCACCGACUGCUGGCAUCUUCACUGAAAUGCGGGCCUCAUUUAGGCCUGUCGACACAGGACGUUCAAAAGCAGGCAUCACACUGUAAUGACAAGAAGACCAUGUCCAAGAGGGUCCAGGAGCUCAGCUCUGAGCUCUUCUUUGGAGUAUUUGUAAAGGAGUGUGGCCCACUAGACUCUGAGGCCAUGGUGAUGGGGGUGCUGGACCAGUCGUUUGAUGUGCUGGUUCUCCGCUACGGAGUACAGAAACGCAUCUACUGCAAGUCUGUUGUGGGCCUGGACUCAUUCCACCAUCGUAAGGUGGGGAAGAAAUCAGAGCUGACUCUGGUCUGGGCACCAAAGGACUCAGAGAGUCCCGCUGUAGAGCAGGUCAUUUCGAUCUUCACGUUGGUGGAGGUGCAGCUCCAGUCGGACAAUGCGCCCAUGAAAUACAGCGCGGCGCUCAAGAGGCCUGAGGACAGCAGGUCUUAAACACUUGUGUGUUUCCACCGAUGUUUACAUUGCACAUUUUCUUUAGUUGGAUGAAAGAAAUGGCCAGUGUCAACAGUGGUAAGCGUAGGAAUUACCAGUCAGACCUGAGUCAGUACAAGUCCCUUGAAGGUUUGGUUUUUCAUAUUUUAACUCACUUGGAGCACAUGUCUGUUCAUUUUCCAGUGUUUAUUAGAUUGUUUCCUUUGGGGCCAUCCAAUUAAUAUAUGGAAGUGUGGCAAAAUGUCUGAGUAAGUGUCUGGUUGGAAUAUAAAAUAUAUAGUAAGUGGUUUAAAUGUGCAAUAACCAGAUCCUAAUACUGCUGUUUUGGCUCAGGUCUGAAGGUGAACAAAACUGCAGCAGUUUUAUUUUGCUGUUGAUUUAUUGAUCUAAUGAGGUCAGCUUAGAUGUGAUUUGAUUCUUUUACACAGUCUAAUGUGUGACAACUGACUUUUUAAACUAUUUUUAGUUUGAUAUUACUGACUGGCUUCUUGCUUUUGCCUUGCAAAGAGACCAGUGUUUGUGUUUUUGCAAAGCAGUGUGCCACACUAUUGAAUUUUACUUCUUUACUACUUUGAUUGGCUGUGGUGGGUUUUAACUUGGCCUGUUGUGGCACUAGUGAAGCUACGUGGCUCAGAGGAUAAAAAUGCAGUAGUGAAAACUUUAUUUUUUUUUCACUUCACAACAGAUGCGUGUUCACAAAGCAGAAAAGUUACAACUGCUAUAUGCCAUAUAUGGCAGCAUCGGUUUGAUUUGACUGUGUUUCAUACAGGACCAGUUUUCUUUAGAUUUCCCUCAGGUGUCAGUCAUGUGAUGCAGCAGCUGAGCCGCUUCAGGUUGGUCUUGUCACAGUCACAGAGGAAUUUUCUUUGAUUUCACUUCUUCUAAGGAGGGUGUGCUGGAUCCAAGUUGUUGUUCUAGUGUCAACGACGCUACAUGGUCUCUGUAUUUAUUGUGAAAACCGACGCCAAAGCUUAAUAUUUUAUUUACUCAUUAAUGUUUUAAUGGGAAACAUAGGAAUAACUUGAAUAUGAAUUGCUGCUAAAGUUGUCGGUGGCCUUGAUAUCGUAAUGAAUUUUGUCCUUACUUUUCAUCCUUCAGAUUGCUUCCAGCUGCAUCUUCUUUGUUUCAUGUUGUCAAAUUUCAUUUGCACGGCUCACAUACUUAGUGGACUUCCUUAAUAUCAAAUGUGAAUUUCAUUAUCUUCAGUAAAUCUGGACUAAAUACAGCUGCACAAUUCUUAAUGCGUGUCGGUCCCACCUGGGUUGCCGCUCAUCUAACUCUGAAUAAACAGUGCCAUGUAGUUUCUUAUAGUAGCUGCUACGUCUUCACAAAUUAUUAUUAUUUUUUAUUUGAAAUUUUCUGAUGUUUCAAUUCAUUUUUGUCAGAUUGGUUUUUAGUAUUGUGUCAGAUUUAGUUUGAAACCCCACCGAACUAUUUUUUAGAAAUGAUUUUGUAUUACGUGAAUUGACAUGAUCUUUAGAUGUAUUUUAACCCAAUGUCUCGAGUGCUAGAUGCUAGAUUGAUGUGUAUUUGUGAUGAGGGUGGAAAAAAAAUAUAUAACCUGGGACCCUUCAAAUGCAGUUAACUAAAAAAAAAAAAAAUUCAAGUACAAUUUCUUUGGAUCUUUUACAAAGUUAUAUUGUUAGUGCAGCGUUUGUCAGUAUUCACAGUGGAUUCUCUGUAUAGUCUGUUGUACCUCAUACAAAGCAAUAAACAGUCGUCUGUGUCUCUAGGAACGAACGUCAUGAACCACAAA